UCCCCUCGCGAGCCCUGAGCGCUGGCGCUGCCGGGCCUGCGCCGCCGUCCCAGCGCUCCCGCCCCCGGAGGAGGCGAGGCCCGGCGUCAACAGACUCGCCCGAGCGGGCCGGGAGGCGCGAAGGCGCCGGGCGGAGCAGCCUCGGAGAGGAUGCCUCGACUCCCUGGCCGCGCGGCGCUCCCCCUCUGCGUGGUGCUGCUGACCGCGCUGCUGGCCGCGGUGCGAGGGCUCCCCCUGCGGAAGCCGCGGGGCCCCGGCUGGAGCCACGUGAGGCUGGCGGAGGUCUCGGCCUCCCCAGACCCCAGCUCUCCUAGAGAAGAAGAGGAGACCCCUCUGCUCUCCAGAGCCCGCCUCCAGGCAGGGCUGCGCCGACACAGACGCUGGGCUCUCACUGAGCCAGCAGCCCUGACCCUGGACAAGACCUCCUUGCCCGGGACCCUGGAGGACGCUCCCUUGCUGCUGGAGCUGCAGAAGCUGCCGGGAUUGGCCAACACAGACCUGAGUGCCCCAAACCCCAAUAUCCAGGUGACCAUCGAAGUGGUGGAGGACCCCCAGGCUGAGGUGGAGAUGGACCUGCUGGCUGAGCCUAACAAUCGCUGGUCCCAGGGUGCCCCCAGCUGGCUGCCUGCCAAGGAGCUCUUCUGGCCCCUAUUCUGGGGCUACCUGGAGGGCGAGGAAGGGAGGCCCAGCCUCAAGGGCAGAGCCCCAGGGGAAGAGGAGGACGAGGAAGAGGAGGAUUACCCUCCAGAGUACAGUGAGAGUGAGGACCAAGAGGACAGCGAUGGGGAAGAUGAUGACGCCGACCAGGAGCGUGGGUUCAGCGGGGCCGCAGGAGGCUGGGAGCAGGGCUGGCUGUCCCCCGGGGACCGGGCCUUCAAAGAGCCUGAGAGCUACGACUCUGAGCUUCAGGAGGAAUGGAGCCCCUGGUCUCCCUGCAGUGGGAGCUGCGGCAGCGGCAGCCAGCAGAGGACUCGGCCCUGUGGCUACGCCUGCACUGCCACCGAGUCCCGUGCCUGCGACCUGCCCCCCUGUCCUGGCGCUGAGGACAAGGACCCCUCGGGCUUCCCCAGUGAGAGGUGGCAGCCCCUGGCCCACAAUGCUACGGACAUGCUCAGCCCAGAUGUGGACAGCUGUGAGAAGUGGCUGAACUGCAAGAGUGACUUCCUAGCCAAGUACCUGAGCCAGGUGCUGCGGGACCUGCCCAGCUGCCCGUGUGCGUACCCGCUGGAGGCCGUGUCCAGCGCCGUGAGCCUGCAGGACGAGCACCAGGGCCGCAGCUUCCGGUGGAGGGACGCCAGCGGCCCACGCGAGCGCCUGGACGUGUACCAGCCCACGGCCCGCUUCUGCCUGCGCUCUCUGCUGUCCGGGGAGAGCAGCACGCUGGCCGCCCAGCACUGCUGCUACGACGCGGGCAGCCGGCUGCUGACCCGAGGCAAGGGUGCCGGCGCGCCCGACCUCGUCAGCACCGACUUCUCGCCCGAGCUGCACUUCAAGGUGGACACGCUGCCCUGGAUCCUGUGUAAGGGGGACUGGAGCCGCUACCACGCCGUGCGGCCCCCGAACAAUGGCCGGGCCUGCACGGACAACCCCCCCGAGGAGGAAUACCUGGCGCAGUUGCAGGAGGCCAAGGAGUUCUAAUGAGGGCUGCUGUGCUGGAGAACCUUCCUCGUGGGCCGCUCACCCUGCCUGGCCCAGACCUGGUGAGGCCAGUCUGGUGCCUCGAGCCCUCUGCCUCUGAACCCGAGGCGGGGAGGUCAGCACCCCAGGUGUCGGUGUGGGGUUGGGGAGAAGGUUGAAGCGUGUAUAAGGCCCAGGGUGAGAGGAGGGAGCUCAGCUCCCAAGGCCCCCGGGGCUGCCGGGAGAUGCGUAUCUGUGGCGGCCUUACCUCUUGCCCGCUGGGAGGCUCUGUCGCAGCCUGGACACCCAUUGUCCUCCCUCUCCCUCUGUGCUCAGGUGUGCGCCGGGCUCUCCACACAUCCUGAUUCCCGGGACCUGCGGUGAGUCACUUAGAGCCCCAGCCCUGAGGGCCAGUCUCGUCGUCCCGGCCCGCGGGCCAGCGGCCAGCCAACCCUGGGCCAGCAGCCUUCCUUAGCGCUGAGCGGUCGCACGUGGCCCGCUUGCCCACCCCCGCUGGGAGGGUUAACCUCAGCCCCGAGCUGCCUUUCGUUGGACACCACUUUAGUCUAGGGCUGAAGGCCAUCAGUGGGACCAUAAGUGGAUAGACAGGCCGUGGCAGCCAAGACAAGGCAGGAUCCAGGUGCAGAACGGAUCAAUGAACUCUGGUCCCUUUCUUUGUCCAGCUCACCUCUGUUCUGUCCAGGUUGUAGGAAUGUGUGGGGCUGGGAGUUCACAGCGCCCUGAAUGAGCACAGCGGCCAGGCUUGGGGUGGGUUCAGAACCAGCCCAGAAGGAUGUGUCAUGUGCAGGGUGAGCUGGUAAAUCAGCUCUCCCGGGGGGGUGGCAGGGGGACAGCCCCAAUUUGUAGCAUUUGGGCAAUUUCUGUGGUGUAAACGUUCCCACCGUGGCCCACUUCAAGCUCCCAAGGUGAUGUUGCUGAAUGCACUGAGCUCAGGGUUGGGAAGAGAUGCGUAUGAUCAGCUCUCCCAGCACAUCUCGUGCCCCUUCCCUGCCUCUCCUCACCCCCCUUCUCCCCCUCCCCUCUGCAACCACACUUUCUUGCCUUCUGUGGGGUUGACAUGCUGAUAUCCCAACUGUCUCUGUUCAUAAAAGCCUCCAAAAGUAGGGAAGUUCAGUCCUAGGCCCUAGGCAGCUGCCCUGAAACUCUCUGGGAACCUCAGCAAUAAAGCACUUUAUUUUCAAAUUCUGUCUGAUGAAGAAUUUGGAGCCCCAGCAGAGCAGAGGGGCGUAGGGAUCCCUUGCUUGCAGUCCCAGCCAAGCUCCCCUGGGCUGCGUUUGUGAUUACCUAACCCUGCUGGGCAGGCAGAGCUCCGGGGUGCAGAGUUUAGUUUAGACUAAACAUCAGUUAGGUUAUCUUUACUCGGUUAUCUUUACUCAAACUCGUGAAGGGUUACCUGGGAGGCAGGGAAGAGCUAGCAGGACCUUAGGGGCACAUUCACUCCAAGUGCUUUGGUCAGAUAGAUCAAUUGCACUUACACCAGAGGAAGUGACCCCCACUUCCCCAAGCAACUUGCUGCAAGGGGAUCCGAUGCGAGUUGUCCCAAGAACUACACCUAUGAGAGAGGUGGACCCGCCCUACCUUAGUUGGUACCCUUACCACACACUCCACUGUCACUUCUGGCAUUUGGGGAAGUCACAUCAGGAAGCAGAAUGAGACAAGGUGUGUUCAGAGUCACUACCUGGAGAAACUCAGAGAGCCAGAUAUUUCCAAUUACAUCACACCUAGAGGGAGGUUUAUUAGUCUGGUCCUGGAUCACCGUCUGACAGCACUCUGGGGCAACUAGAAUAUUACAGGGUCAGAGAGGCCAGGAUCUCAGGUCACUAGGUGGGAGCCAAGUUCCCUUCCCUGUCUCUUGUCUGGGGAAUUCAAUACGAUUAGCACAGGAAUGUUUUAAUUAUGUUUUAGCUGAAACUUAAAAAAAAAAAAAUAACAAGAUAGAGAUAUCCCGGAGUCUGUUUUCACAGGAAA